CAAAGCUGUGUGGUUGAGCGAAGUGAAUGACGUCUCUGCAUUUGCGGGCCGCCGACGCAGGGCUGGGUUUCCAUUUUCAGAGCGAGUUUCGGGGGGGAUCGUCAACAUGGAGCCGGAGAUGGAGGACAAAACGUUGGAAUUGAUGAACACUUCAGGGAUGGAGUCACAGAACCUCGUUGACGAUCUAUCGCCAAAGAAGAACACAGUUCUCAAGCUUACUAAUGGUCCUGUUGUGGGGUCCCGCAAGCGCCCGUCAGAGGGGAACUACGAGAAGGAGAAGGAACACUGCAUCGCCCUUUUUGACCAGUGGUCGGAGGCCGACCAAGUGGAGUUUGUCGAGCGCCUGAUCUCCCGUAUGUGCCACUACCAGCACGGCCAUAUCAACUCCUACCUCAAACCCAUGCUGCAGAGGGACUUCAUCACUGCGCUGCCAGCCCAAGGCUUGGAUCACAUAGCGGAGAACAUCCUGUCUUUCCUGGAUGCACGCUCGCUGUGCUCGGCAGAGCUGGUGUGUAAGGAGUGGCAGAGGGUCAUCUCUGAGGGUAUGUUGUGGAAGAAGCUCAUCGAACGCAUGGUCCGCACUGACCCGCUUUGGAAAGGCCUGUCUGAGAGACACCAGUGGGAGAAAUAUUUGUUCAAGAACCGCACGUCAGAAGUCCCACCCAACUCCUACUAUCACUCCCUUUAUCCCAAGAUCAUCCAAGACAUAGAGACUAUUGAGGCAAAUUGGCGAUGUGGCAGACACAACUUGCAGAGGAUUCAGUGUCGCUCAGAAAAUAGUAAAGGGGUUUACUGUCUCCAGUACGACGAUGACAAGAUCAUCAGUGGCCUUAGGGACAAUUCCAUCAAGAUCUGGGAUAAGCAGUCUCUGGAGUGUCUGAAGAUACUGACCGGUCACACAGGAUCAGUGUUGUGUCUUCAGUAUGAUGAGAGGGUCAUCGUCACCGGGUCCUCUGACUCAACUGUCAGGGUGUGGGAGGUGACCACAGGUGAGGUUCUGAACACACUGAUCCACCACAACGAGGCAGUUCUUCAUCUACGCUUCGCCAAUGGACUGAUGGUCACAUGCUCCAAGGACCGCUCAAUUGCUGUCUGGGACAUGGCCUCUCCUACUGACAUCAGCCUACGUCGUGUCCUUGUGGGACACCGGGCUGCUGUCAAUGUGGUCGAUUUUGAUGACAAAUACAUUGUGUCCGCCUCAGGGGACCGUACCAUAAAGGUAUGGAGCACCAGCACCUGUGAGUUUGUGCGCACACUAAAUGGUCACAAGAGGGGCAUUGCCUGUCUACAGUACAGAGAUCGUCUGGUGGUCAGCGGCUCAUCUGACAACACAAUCCGGUUAUGGGACAUAGAGUGUGGGGCAUGUUUGCGAGUGCUGGAAGGUCACGAAGAGCUGGUGCGUUGCAUUCGCUUUGACAAUAAAAGGAUUGUCAGUGGUGCCUAUGACGGGUCAGUUUCUCACACACACACACACACACAGCUUUGUACAUGGAGACACAUUUUGUUUCUGAUGGUGUCGACUCGUAUUUCUCUCUGCAGCAAGAUCAAGGUGUGGGACCUGCAGGCAGCCCUGGACCCAAGAGCCCCAGCCAGCACAUUAUGUCUGCGCACUCUAGUGGAGCACUCUGGCCGCGUGUUUCGUCUCCAGUUUGAUGAGUUUCAGAUCAUCAGCAGUUCUCACGACGACACCAUUCUGAUCUGGGACUUCCUGAACGUCUCGACCAAUGGCCAGUCAGAGGGACGGUCUCCCUCCCGCACCUACACUUACAUUUCUAGAUAGCAGGUGGCGCCAUCCACCGCACCCGUUCUCGGAGGAGCCCUGGGCUGAUUGGCUGAUCGGUGCGUCCGUCAUGGAAAAGAGCCCAUCUCUUCUCCUUCCUCCUCGUCAUCUCUCUGUCCACCUCCCCCCCUGCUGCCGCCACAUCCACCUCCUCGUCUGUUCAGACGGGCCUUGAGCUUGUUCCCAUUGCCUGCCAGUACUGUGACAUGCACACACACACACACCGGUCAACACCGGUAAGGAUUCCCUACUACAGAACCAACUCAACUCUCCAAAGAAGUUCACCUUGUACUACUAAUUUAUGUUUUGUAAAGUACACUAAUGACAGUAUUAACUUAGACCUUAUAUAAGUCACAAGCUCCCUUUUUGUCCCCUUGAUACAAACUUAAAGCAGCUUUUGCUCCAUAUAUAUGUAUGUGGGUGUAUGUAUGUGUAAAAUAUAUAUAUAUAUAUUUUACACAAACUUAAACACGCAUACAGUGGCACAGUUGGACAGAGGAUGACUGGAGCUGUGAUGCGGGAGACAGAGACUCUUUACUCAGCUCUAGGAAAGGAGGGAAGGAUUGGAGAUGGAGGGAGUGAACGAGGGAGAAAUGAGUCCGGAUGACUUCCCUGCUCCCUCUCACUCCCUCACACUCCUCCCUGUCUCUCUCCCCAGCCCCUUCCCCCCAGCCCUGACCCCCAGAGAUGCACACUCGCUUGGAGUAUGGGGGCGCACACACUCAAGUUUGUGAGUGUGUGUGUUUGUGUAUGUGGACUUGUGAAACGGCAGAACGAGCAGAAGCGUCAAACAGACAGACAUGCAUGUGAGGUUGCCUUGGAUACAGCAUCCUGGUAGACCUUUGCUUUUUUUCUCUUUAACUCUUACUUUCUUACUGUUUUUUAUUACUGUUAUUUUCUCAUUUUAUUUGCGUAUUUUGGUUCUUAGUACAAAAAUCAUACUAAGCGUAGUCCUCUUUCUAUUUCCCCCUCUUUCUCUCUCUCUCUCUCUCUCUCUCUCUCUCUCUCUCUCUCUCUCUCUCUUACUGCCUUUUCCUCAUUCUUUCUUCUAACUUCGACCGAUGUUCAUCUGUCCCUUUCACUCCAUCUUUCUCUCCCCAUCAUCUACGUGCUUGCUUUGGUUAUGAGAGAAGCUGGAACUCAAGAGCUCAAAUUUAGCUGUAAACGGAGUUGUCUUGUCAAAAAUUGUGUUGUAUAUUAAAAAUGAUUUUUUAAAGAAGAAAAUGACCUUAUUGUGAAUAAAGUACUUGACAGUGGUGGAGUGUUGAGCCAACUGUAACAUGAA